AUGCUUGGUCGACUGCCGCCUGGUGGGAAACUCGGUACUCCUCUCGGAACGGAAAGUGAAAGCCAGCAUUUUUCGGAGGAUCUGAAGCAUGCAGGGAACGACGCUGGUUGUGGUUCGCGGAGCGGAUCCAGAGAUCACAGCAUUCAUCUGGUGGAGUUCCCUGAGGAGGUCUUCGCCUCGCCUCCGAAACGCAGUCGACCAUCUGUUCCCCACUUUUCUCAGCCAAUGUCCACGACAGAGAACUUCCACUUCUCACCCGAACGCUCAGGCACUCCUGUGGCGUAUCAGCACAGUUGCUCGGAACCAACGUCUUCUUCUUCCGGAUCAGUCGUGAUGCCACCUCAUCAAAGCAUGAGUAACACUCAGCCGAUGGUACAAAAUGGAGUUGAGGGAAAAUACCUGAACGAGUUGCCCGAUCUCAAUGGAACCCCAUCGGAGCUAGCAUCACGCCUUCGUCGAAAUCUUUGGCUCGCAACGGAAUAUGACUGGACAACAGUGCCUUCCAAAACAACCGAAUAUAUCCGAAAUCUGCUCCAGCAACUGACGCCACCAAAGGAGCUACUUUCCGUUCAGGAAUUGUCUCAAAUUAAUUCGGAUCUGGAACGCAUUUUUCUUGGAGAUUUCAAUCCUCAGCCGCCUGUCAGUGACCACUGCAACGGUCAGAACCAGCAGCAUUCCCCAGCUUUAGCACUCUCUGUGCAUCAACAGCUUCCAAGAAUUCAGGAUUCAUUUGGACCGGCCGCGGCAACCUCGGACUCCAAUGGUUGUAAUGGGCAGCUGAACACCUUUUCGUGUAAGCGUUUACUUUCGAUUUAA